AUGGCAGCCGUGAGUCUUCCAUCCAAGGCAGACUUGGCCCAGUUCUGGGUCCGCAAAGACAUCGCCGAUGUACCCAAACCCGCCGCAGUGCUGGACCGGGCAAUCAUCCGACGACAUUGCGAGCGGAUGAAGCACACCAUCAAGACCCUCAACGUCGGGUUCAGAGCCCACGUCAAGACACACAAGACCCUCGAAGUCGCCGCAAUGCAAGUCGACACCAACAACCCCGAGGCAAACUUCAUCGCCUCCACACUCCUGGAAAUCGAAAGCCUCACACGGCUACUAAAAGCCCUAAAACGAGAACAACGCAUCAACAUCCUGUACGGCAUCCCACUCGUCCCAUCCAAGGUAUCCCGCCUUGCCCAACUCGCAGCAGAGCUAGGCGAAGACAGCAUCUCGGUCAUGAUCGACCACCCAGAUCAAAUCCCCUUCCUGACUAAAUUUGCUGAGAUUGCGGGAUUCCCGGCUUGUGUCUUUGUCAAGGUUGACACGGGCUACCACCGCGCCGGUCUCCCACCCGUAUCGUUGAAUAAGAACGGACUGCUGGAGAAACUAGCAGAAGCUGAGAAAGCGGGAUAUGCACGCUUGCUGGGAUUGUAUUCCCAUAGUAGUCUCAGCUACAGCGCCACGACGGCUGAGCAGGCAAUGGGUCAUUUAAUUGGUGAGAUUCACGGAUGCAAGGUUGCGUUGAAUAAAUGGUUACCUCUGCUUCCGAAACGGGAGCUGGUUAUUAGUGUCGGGGCGACGCCGCAGGUGUCUUGUUCGAAUAACCUGGUUCAUGGAACGUCUUCUCCCGAGGCGGAGGAAUUGAUGGCGCUACUGAAGGAUCCUUGUCCUGAGAGUACGGACGCGAAGGUUAAGAUUGAGCUGCAUGCGGGCAAUUAUCCGGUGCUGGAUAUGCAGCAGGUUUCUACGAAUGCGAGGGAUGGCGCUGGGGAGCUAGAGGAUGAGAUCGCGAUGUCGGUUGUUGCGGAGGUGUGCAGUGUUUAUAACGAUGGAGAGCGGGAGAAGUCGGAGGCGCUUCUUGCGGCCGGGACGUUGGCGCUUGGAAGGGAGCCUUGUCCGAGUUAUUCGGGAUGGGGUGUUCUCUCUUCGUGGAGACAGAAGGAUGUUGCGUCUAGGUUGGUCGUGGAGCGGAUCAGUCAAGAGCAUGCGAUUGUUGCGUGGGAGGAUGGUAAGAAGGAGAAGAUUCCGCUGGAGAUUGGACAGGUUGUCAAGGUCUUCCCUAACCAUGCGUGUGUGACGGGGGCAUACUAUGGCUGGUACUUUGUCGUGGACUCGGAUGAGGAUCCAUCAGCCUCGACGAUUGUGGAUGUCUGGAUUCGAGGACGAAGCGAGUUUACUGAUCCGUUGCUUGCAACGAGAUUCCAGUAA